AUGGGUCACGAAGAUGCUGUUUACCUGGCCAAGCUCGCCGAGCAGGCUGAGCGCUACGAAGAGAUGGUCGAGAACAUGAAGGUUGUCGCCUCCUCCGAUGUAGAGCUCACCGUCGAGGAGCGGAAUCUUCUCUCUGUUGCCUACAAGAACGUCAUUGGUGCCAGACGUGCGUCGUGGAGAAUCGUCACCUCGAUCGAGCAGAAGGAAGAAUCAAAGGGCAACGAGUCUCAGGUCGCUUUGAUCAAGGAGUACCGUCAGAAGAUCGAGUCCGAGCUUGCCAAGAUCUGCGAUGACAUCCUGGAGGUUCUGGACAAGCACCUGAUCCCCUCUGCUGCGAGCGGCGAGUCCAAGGUCUUCUACCAUAAGAUGAAGGGUGACUACCACCGUUACCUUGCCGAGUUCGCUGUUGGCGAUCGCCGCAAGGCUGCCGCCGAUGCCUCUCUCGAGGCUUACAAGAACGCUACCGAAGUCGCUCAGACCGACCUUGCUCCCACCCACCCCAUCCGCCUUGGAUUGGCUCUUAACUUCUCCGUCUUCUACUACGAAAUUCUCAACUCUCCCGACCAGGCUUGCCACCUUGCCAAGCUCGCUUUCGACGAUGCCAUUGCUGAGCUCGACACCCUGAGCGAAGAGAGCUACAAGGACUCCACUCUCAUCAUGCAGCUUCUCAGAGACAACCUGACUCUCUGGACCUCGUCUGAGGCUGAGCCAGCUGCUGAGUCGAACACUCCUGCCGAGAAGAAGGAGGAGGCCCCCGCCACUGAGGGCGAGAAGCCCGCUGAAUAA